UUAUGAACAUCUUCCAGAAAAUAGAAAAUUGAAAAAUCAAGAGGAUAAAGAUCUUGUAAAAAAUUUACUUUUAUUAGGCUGUCCCAAAAAUCGCAUACAAGAUGAAAUAUUGGAUAAGAAAAAAAUCUAUGUAACUGCAAAGGAUAUCCAAAAUUUUAAUCAAAAUUUGAAAGCUAAUGAUGAAGAUUCAUUGACCAGUUUUGUGGAUCAAUUAAGAUCUAGUUAACAUGCUAAAGUGGAUGUCUUUUACGAAGUUAGGGAGUACAAUGGAGUUGAAAAAAAAAUGUUUCAAAUUCUUUUUUUUUCUACUGAAAAGAUGCAACAAGCUUUCGCUGGAUGGCCUGAAAUGAUUUUCGUUGAUACGACUUACAAUCUUUUAAAACGUAAACUGCCUGUACUUUUGAUGUGCGUUCGAGAUACAUUAGGUCUUACCCACAUCAUUGGCGUUGGUAUAUUAGCAAAUGAACAGAAAAGCACAUUAAGAAGUUUAUUUCAAAAUUUAAAAAAUGUCAAUAGCGAUACUUGCAAAAAAAUUAAGAGUUUUAUGACCGAUAAAGAUUUGGUGGAAAGAGCAGUUCUGAGAGAAGUAUUUCCAAAUACUUCAUUAUACAUAUGUGAGUUUCAUGUACUUAAAAUUUUUUCUAGGCAAGUUACUACCACCACUAUGAAAAUAACUUCUAAAGAAAGAGACAUAUCUCUUGAUUUGUUAGAUAAGCUAACAAAAAGUAAUACCAAAGAGCAGUACGACCAUCUUUAUAGUAUUUUCUGCAAAAAAGUUCCAGAAACUGUGCUUUCCUACUACAAUCAAAAUUGGCACAAUAAUACUGAAGGGUGGACGAGAUACUCUUUGAGUAAAAAUAACUAUGGCAACUACAUGAACAACCCCAUAGAAUCUACGAACGCUCGCCUCAAGGAUGAAAUUCCCGCAUUCAGUACCUUAAUGAAAUUUGGUGAAGGUUUUUUUAGGUAUUAUAAUCGUCGAAACACAGCUAUAAAAGCAAAGAUAGGUGCAGACAUUUAUAAACACCCAAUCCGAGGAUAUCAACCAGGUUCGCCAGAAUAUUUAUAUCAGCAACUUCUAACUCCAGCUGGAUUUAAUAAAGUUGCCGUCGAACUCGCCAGACGUAAACCCAUGUCCUUCGUUACAACUAAUCCUACAUUUCAAUAAUGCUGGAUACAAUAAGGGUAUGCAGUUCUGCGGGUUAGUGUAAAUGAAUGUGAAUGCAACGAAUACACUUCGGUUAAACUACCCUGCAGACAUAUCUUUGCUGUCAGGGGGUAUUUCAAACUGCCUGUCUAUCAUGCUGAUUUAUGCCCAGAAAGAUGGACCAUGACGUACAGUAUUGUAAAUCAGCCGAUGCUACAAUCAACUCCAAAAAUAAAACGUCUCCCAGUACCAUCAUACACCACCCACGAAAUACCAGCAAAAAAACCACUUGAGUUUUCAACCAGAUUGAAGCUGAUGAAAGAAAUAGCAGGAAGUUUGGCAUCGAUAGGGAGUACAGCUACUUCAAAAAAUUUUGAAGAAAAAUUAAAUACUCUGAGACAGAUAGAAUCGGCAUGGCGACAGAAUAAAUCCGUAAAAGUUAUUACAGAUGAUGAUUUGUCUAAUUUUUCAAAUUUAUCAAUUGUUGAUAAAGACGUCGAAGAAGAUCACGAAAAGAGCAUUAUACUACCAACACCAGUAAAAAUAAGAGGACGACCAUCAAAGAUUACAAAAAGUCACACUAAAAUAAAAAGAAAAUAAUGUCUUAGAACGGUAUACUAUAAAAGAUUAUUUGAAAUACUUUAAUCAGAUUGUAAAACAAAAAAGAAAGAAAAAUAUCUUCAUUUGUGAUUUGUGCUUUCAAGAAGCAGAUGAUAUGACCAUACAGUAUGAUACCUGCUUUAUGUGGUACCACUUUACUUGUGUAAAAAUGAACUUGUGUUACGUGUGUUAAUUUCUUUCAAUAACUUGAUCUUGCUCAAAAAUAGGAAAUUACUGCAUGUAACGA